AGGAUGUAGUCCUUAAAAUUCGUCCUUAUUGUCAGAUUCUAGAAAUUCAACUUUGGAUGGAUAUUACUAGCAAGGCUAUGGCACCAAAUAUUCCUAUUUCUUCCACAAUAACACCAGCUCGAAAACUUUCAAGUAUUCAAUUGCCUACUAGGAAUGUUACCUCUUUACAGCAAGUGAAAAUAUCUUCGGAAAUAAUAACCACUAAACAAGCAGAAAAAAUAAUAUCGUGGAUUAAUGAAAAAAAAUCAUAUGACGCUUCUGAAUUUUACUAUGAGUUUGAACUAAUUCUA